UAUCAAUAUUGCUUCAUUAAUAAAUCUUAAUUAACUUUAUCUGUAUUGCUUCUUGAGAGUUAGCUCAUCCUUGUACAAACAUGUCCGAGUCUUAUCUCUGGGUGGGUAUCUUGGAGACCCCAAGUACCAGUUCCCAUUACGAUAAACAUUUCAGCUUGCUAGACCAUCCCUAAUUCCAAGCAUUCUUGUGGCCUACCUCUACAAGAUUUUAAGAAACAUUUUCAGAAACAUUUAACCCCUUAGUAACAUCUUGAUGUUUGGAGGAUGUUUGUGCUGAAUCUUGGUGUCCUGGAAGUUCUUCCAGACACAAGAUGGCCAAUGACUUCCUGAGAUGAACUUGGGCAAGGAGGAAUCCCCACCCCAAGACACUCUUCUCUUGUUUUUUCCCCAAACCAGGAUUUUUCAUUCCCAAACCAGGGAAUCCCAGGCCAGAUGGAGGAGGAGGAAAAGCCCCAGAGUUCCCACACAAGGAGGGUCUGCAAACCCAGCCCAGGGAGCUGCGAGGAGGAAAGAUCCCCCCUGCGCCAGGAGGGUGGCAAUAGAUCCAGCCAGAGCUCGGAGCUGGGGGAGAAGCCUCAUGGAAGGGAGAAGCCCUACAAGUGCUUGGAAUGUGGGAAGGGCUUCAGAAAGAGCUCCCACCUGCUCCGGCACCAGGUCAUUCACACUGGGGAAAAGCCCUACGAGUGUGGGGAAUGUGGGAAGAGCUUCAACCACGGCUCCAGCCUCAUGCGGCACCAAGUGAUUCACACUGGGGAAAAGCCCUACAAGUGUGGGGAAUGUGGGAAGAGCUUCAAUGAUCGCUCCAGCCUUAGGAAGCACCAGAGGAGCCACACAGGGGAACGACCCUACACCUGCUUGGAUUGUGGGAAGAGCUUUGGGUGGAGUGACACCCUGAGGACACACCAGCUCGUUCACACCGGGGAGAAGCCCUACGAGUGUCCGGAGUGUGGGAAGAGGUUUCAGCACAGUUCCACUCUCAUCAGACAUGAGCGGAUUCACACAGACGAGAGGCCCUUCCGCUGCCCCGACUGCGGGAAGAGCUUCAACCGCAACACCAUC